UUCAAAUAGCUAUGUAGAAUCAGUAUGUAGACUGUAGAAUCAGUAUGUAAAGAGAUCUUAUAGCACCUUUGAGACGAACUGAAAGAAAGAAAUUGGCCGCAUGAACUUUCAUAGACUAAAGUCUACUUUUUAGAUGCAUAUUUUGUCUUCAGUUGCGUUAGGCAGGCUACUCUCUCUUUCUCCAGCAAACAAAACUCCCAGGAUUAGUGGGAAAUUGAAAGCUGCUUCAUGCCGUCUUUGGUUUUGUCUUGUGCCUCUAUCAGGAAAGAUCCCUAGUUUUGUACCAGCUCCCUGUUACAUGUGGAAUGAACAUGAAAAUAUUUCAAACACACACAUGCACACACAUAUACACAGUGGACCAGUCUAUUGAAGAACUGUCCUAACUCAUUGUUAGAGUACAUGCAAUGUGGCUAUAUUGCCUCAAUAUCUGGAUCAUCCUCUGCACUCAGAUGAACUAUGUGCAAUUGGGCUAGAAACAUUGGGGGCUUCUAUAUCAGUGGAGGCAAUGAAUCACCUCUUUAAGAAACCUCCAAGAUGCUGAAUCAUUUUCCAGAAACAGGUUCAACAUCUUUAACAGUGCUUUCAAAAUUUGGAACAUGGAUUCAUUGCAUGGAAUGGGAGCCAUCAUUUACUACUGGCUAGAUGGACCAGUGAUUUGUUUCUAUAUAUAGUAGAGGAGGAGAACCUCUGACUCCUGGAUCUUCCCUCUGAAGGGCUGGUUGAGACUUUUCCCCAAGCUAUUUCUUCCACGCCUGUGUCAUGCACACCCACACCCUGGUUGGCUUUCCACUGGAAAAGACAUCAAGCAGGUUGAAGAAUUAUAUGAAGCUUACAGUAUCCAGUGCAGACUACGAGAUGGUGCUUCAAAUAUGAAACAUGCCUUUUCCUUAUCUCCUUCCACCAAAGCAUCAAGGGAAAGCCUGGUAGAACUUUAUAAGAAUCUCCAGGAAUGUACAGAGGAUAUGUGUUUGAUUGAGGGAACACUUGAAGUGCAUUUGGGAGAAUUCCACUUAAAGAUGAAAGGUUUGGUGGGUUAUGCACGCCUCUGCCCAGGGGACCAGUAUGAGGUGUUUGUGCGGCUGGGGAAGCAGAAAUGGAAACUGAGAGGCAAGAUUCUGACAGAUGAUGGUCAAAUGUGGGAUGAAGAGGAAAAAGUUUUUAUACCUAAUCUGCAUGAGAAGUUUGAAAUCAAGGUCACAGAACUGCGGGGACUGAGUACCCUCUUGGUUGGGAUGGUGACCUGUGACAGUAUAGACUUCUUUACGACUAGGCCUCAAAUCAUUGUUGUGGAUAUAACUGAACUAGGUACCAUCAAACUACAACUGGAAGUUCUCUGGAAUCCCUUUGACACUGAGAGUGUAAUUUUGUCUCCGGGAUCCACUGCUAAGUUCUCUGUGGGGAGUAGGAAAAACUCCAUAUACAGCUGGACUCCACCAAACACUCCCAGCUUCCGAGAGAAAUAUUACCUUUCUGUAUUACAGCCAGGGAGAAAGCAAGCAGAUAUCAGAGAUGAGGCCCAAGAUUCCUGCAUCCUGAGCUACUUGGCUGACUGUGAUUUUGACAUGCGCCUAAGGUCUGUUAGUCACAGCUUCACCGAGACAACUGAAGGCAGCUCUUUUACUUCGGAGGACCAGAAAGGCACAGAAAGCAGAAAUGUGACUCCACCCUCAAAUCAAAGGAUGUUGCCAUUGACUAUGCUUCAGGAUGGUCAGGUAGAAAGAGAGCAAUGGAACUUUUCACUCGGUCGUCCUCUUGGCCAUAGAACUCUAGACAUCCUACAAGAAACACCCCAUGCUGACACUACUCUGAAUAUCUCAUCAUGCCUGUUGGAUCAGGAGAAAGGUGACAGUAAAUCCAUCACCAGGGAAUGGAGUCUUCCCUCAGCACAACAAAGAACGGUCUUCUCCCUUGGUCAAAGAGGCUUGAAGGAUGAUGGUGAUGCCGAACCUGGUAGAAAUACCAGAUCUAUUGAGAAGAUCCUGCAAGAAGUGUUACAUUUGCUAGAAUCACAGCAUCCAAGUGCCAUCCAACUGCGGGAACUGGAAUAUCAGAUUUUGUGUAUCCAGGACAAAUUAAAGCCAAAAAAGUAUAAUCCAAAACACUCCUCUGUUGAAAGUUUGAUGGUUGAGACAGUACUGGAAAGCUUUGACUUCCUCAAUGCUGACUGCAGUGCUGAUGAGCUGUCAUCUUUUGGGAGUGUCAGGACAUGUAGUAUCAGCACUAAUACCUACAACGAUACCACAUUGCCACCCCUCUACUAUGAUACCAAACCAGAAAAGAAAGAGCUAACCACAGGAACUGAUGACCUGGACACACUUCUGGAAGUUCACCUGCAGUUCUGCAAAGUUCUUCUACAGAAACUUGUGAUGCCAAACUUAGCUCCGAUUGUGCAGGAAAACCUUUUGGAAGAGGUAUCACAACAGAAACGCAUUCUAGAAAUAAUCUCUGCUCUGGCUGCACCUGUGCCACGGAACUUAACAUCUGUUGAAGAAAUUAUUCAAAAAGCUAAAAAGCAGAAGCGUUGCCUGAAGAUCUGGAGUGAAUGUACUGAACAGGGAAGCAUCUUAUUCUGUCCAGUGGAAAGAUUUUGGAACCCCUUGAAAUAUAUAUUGAUGUUUAAAACAAAAGAGAAAUAUCAAAGACAUCUAGAAAAAGUUUUGCGGAUGUUCCUGGACCAGAUAGUUAGAGGCAGCCUGCUAUUUCUUUCAGCAGAUCGCCCAACCGAAUCAGUGACAUUGUUCCAGUUUUACAGCUACUUGGAGAAACAGCAUGUGAACAACUUAGAAAAAUAUUUGGCCAGGUUUGCUAAAGAAGUAAUCUUAACAGAGGACCUGCAGCAUCCUGGAAGAAUGAAGAAAAUAAAGAAGCUGAAAGGGAAGCGACUGAAUCAGCUCCAGCCCCUGCCAAAAACCUUACAGCUCCUGGCAGCCCUGCAGCUUGAUGAAAACCACCGAGUGGGCAAAGCAGCCUCAUCGUGUCUUUCUCGUGCAGCGGCCAACAGGAAUUUCAGGGGAAAGGCUCUUAUUUUUUACACAGACCUCUUAAACAAUGAAGAUGCAAAAUUACAGCAAGCCGCAUGUCUGGCCCUCAAAAACCUCAGAGGCAUUGAAAGUAUAGAGCAAAUUGCCAGACUUUGUCUGUCAGACGCAGAGGAUGUGCGGAACGCUGCCAGAGAAACAACUCUAUCAUUUGGUGAAAAAGGAAGACUGGCCUUUGAAAAAAUGGACAAAAUCUGUUGUGAACUGAGGGAUACCAUGUAUCAAGAAGGGGAAAUUGAGAUUACAGUAUUUUGAACAGUAUUGUUAAGUGAAGCCAGCAGCUUUAUUUUACCUGUUUGGGUUUCCUUUUAUUGGCACGUGGAAGGCUCUAUAGAUUGUAGAAGAAUGUGUAUUUUAUAUAUAUGUAUAUACUGAAAAUAAAUCUUUCACAUGGGUUUUAAACUAUCCACCCAGAUGAAGAGUAGUAUUUCAAGGCUUUAACACAGUCUUGUCUUGGUGACUCUGUUCUUAUAACCAGAAAGUACUAUGAACUCUUUUAAAUAUCCCAAAUCUUUAGUCUUUGAAAUAAAAAAGAAAUAGAUCAGCAGUGUGGCUGGAUUAAGAUCUCAUAUACUGAGGUUCUCUGUUGUUCAUUAUCUGUACAGAAUAGACUAAAGCAGAUUCUUUUAAAACUUUUUGAUGAAACUGAUUUACUAUUAUGCCAUUCAACUGGGAGUAAGUGCCAAAGAAGAGACACUCAAUCUUGAAUCUCAUUGAAUGAAUGCCAUUAAAGAGAUACAGCUUCAAAUUAAAGCAAAUAUACACCCCUUGUCUUAUACACAGAGAAAACAGAAUACAUUCUGUAUUUAUUAAUUUAAUCUUAUGGAUCAAACUUUUGAUACAGAGAUUUCUGAAUUGAUGAUCAAAUUGUGAGGAAUAAACCUGUAUUUUUUUUAAGGUUUACCUUGCUGCAGCAUUAGAUGCAGCAAACAUGAACACAUUGGGGUCUUAAGGCCCGUAAUUUAAAUCUGGACAAAUCUAAAUUUUCAUUCAGCAGUAUGGUAAAACUCUGCCAUAGGUACAUUUAUCAAUAUAUAAUCUACAAGAAAAAAGACCUACAAUGUAAGCCUUCCAGGAGAUUAUCCUCUGCAUGGCAGUCAAAUAUUUCUCCAUGUUUCAGUCACUUAACCAUUUAGUUUUCUUUCUGUGUACAAAAAGCACCCAGUAAAAUUCUUCCAACCACAAACCCUCCAACCAAGUAUUUUUAAGCACACUUAUUCUGUAACACAACAUGUAGCUUUUCUUGGAAAAUAUGUUACUAUUCCAACAGAAACUUGAAUAUAGCUUGGGAUAAUAAAAGACUCUCCAGACCACUUGUCAGAUUUUGUCAUUGUUCCUCCCCAUCCCAAAUUUAAAGUAUACAAACCAUUACUUAAUGUCACUGCAUAAAAUCAAGCUCUUCCCAUUUGAGUGCCUAAUUCUGGUUUUAAGCUUUUUUAAAUCAUAAUCAAACCCUAUUUUUAUGUAAUCUGCAGCUUCAACCCCUGACCAUAUUUGCGUUCAACUUUUGUGGUAGUCUGUAAGAGCUAGUUCUGAGUAAACAGGUUGAAGCUCUGAAUGAACAGGAUGGUUUUGCUCCUGCUGGUAAUGGGAACUUUUCCAAGUGUGUGUUUCUGCAAGUUCCCGUCACUCAGACCCCUGACUUUUAAUGUACAUAUUUUAUACAGUGUAUUGUGCUUUGUACUUUUCAGUAUUUAUUGCUGAGAUUAAAAAAGUUUUAUUAAAGCAUUUGAAAUGGCA